AUGAAAACCAAUAAAAGAAACCCUACUUGUCAAACCAUAUCUGAAAUGGUUGGCUUCUAGUAGUGCAUGCUAGGUAAUAAUGAUAAAAUCACUAGUUUUCGAGCUCUUACCAAUGGAUUUUCAGGGAACCAGACCAAGGACACUUCUAUUAAAGUAGAUGUAGCCUCAUCUAAAAAUAUCUUGACUGAUAACCAAACAAAAUAUAAUAAACAAAAUAAAUAACAUCGGAAUUGA